AUGGAACGUAUUCUUCUUGCUGCUAAUUAUUCGAAUUUAAAUCAACUUGAUAUUCUUAUUAUGGAUCAAGACAUUGAUAUAGAUCUAUAUUUUUCAUUAACAUGUGAUGAUGAAACAUGUGUUUAUGAUAAGGUGAUUGAACCAAAUCUUCAGCGAAUGUCAAAUCUAGAAAAGCUGGCUUUAUAUCUUGCGAUUGAUUACAAUGAAACAUUUAUUGAUGGUAAUUAUUUGAUGAAAAAUAUUAUCAGUUAUAUGCCACACUUAAACGAAUUUAUAUUUAAUAUUCGUUCAAUUAUUUCCAUUAAUAAUCUAACAUAUUUACCAUCAAACGAUGACAUUCAACGUUCAUUCAUAAGGUUUUACAAUCAUAAAAUUAUCUCUUGUGUUGAUUAUUUUCCAAAUCAGGAAAUUGGUCAAUGUCAUAUUUAUUCAUAUCCAUAUACACUAAUAUAUUAUGAAAAUAUUACUAAUAAUUAUCCACAUGGAUUAUUCAAUUGUGUGAAAAUGGUCGAAUUAUUUGACGAACGCCCUUUUGAACAUGAAUUUUUUAUUCGUAUUACUCAAGCAUUUCCAUUUCUGGAAGAUUUAACUAUAACGAAUAUGGAAGCUCAACAGCAAAAGUCAGAUGACAAUAAUCGACAUUUUUCAAUCAUUGAAUAUCCUUAUCUUGCAACACUUCAUCUUCUUCGUAUUCAUGAUGAUUAUGAUGAACAAUUCUUAUUGAAUACAAAAACGUGUUUACCAAAUAAUAUUCACUUAAUGAUGGAUUAUGACGUAUUGCAACGUGUAACACAGAAUUUGACAAGAGAUGCAACACGAAUCAAUUAUUCCAAAGUGGAAAAACUUUCACUUCAUCAUAAAGUAGAUUUAUCAAGAUAUUUGUAA